AUGUGUGUUUGUCUGCUGAAGUUUGGCCUGAAAAUUCUAAAAUUAAAAUUUGGAGUGUUCGCCGUAGAAAGCCAACUACUGCGGGUUCUGCCCAAUCUGAUCAGCCCUUUCGUGUCGCGGCUAAUCAGGAAACCUAAGUCCUUGGAUAUUUUAUAUCAAAAUGUACGCGGCUUAAAGACCAAGCUUAAUAGUUGGCGAAAUAGUCUUGCCGUGCUUGACAACCAUUUGAUAGUAGUUACUGAGAGCUUCUUGGACAGUUCUGUCGAAGACCAGGAACUGAACUAUGUAGAUUGGAAUAUCUUACGUCGCGACAGAAAAACUCUGUGCGGCGGCGUUCUUAUCGCUGCUCGUAUGCCUAUUACUUUGAAUCACCGCAAAGAGCUUCAGACCGACACAGGCGAGGAUCUUUGGGCUAGUUUUGUAUGGCUUGGCCGAACAAUUUUUAUUUGCGUAGUAUAUAUAAAGCCGUCUUCCGGCGAUAGUGAAUAUAUGACAUGGUUCUGUAAAGUAGAGAGUUUUAUCAAUAAUCUCAAAGCAUUUACUAUUAUCAUUCUUGAAUAUAAUACUGUACCUAACUAUCAUGGUGGGUUUUUGGAUGUUGUUCUUAUACGGGAGAACGAUGAGGUGCGAGGAAUAACCGUUAUCGGUACGGCUGGUCUGGUUCCGCCAGAUUUGUAUCACCCUCCGUUAGAUAUAGAGAUAGUGUUCAGCUCCGUAAGUAAAUCUGAUUCCAUUGCGCCUAGUAAUAUAGAUCCUGUGAAAGAUUGGAACUUUAGAAAAUGUGACUUUCAACAGUUACAACGUGUCCUCAGUCAAACUUCUUGGACUAAUGUACUACGAGCGCAUGACGUUGAGAAAGCAUGCGAACAUUUUAACACUACGCUUUACGGCAUUUUUGACCUUUGUGUGCCCAAAAAGCAUCGUAGAUCCAAGUGUCGUCGUUAUCCUGUGUGGUUUACAAACGAUAUUAUCAAAUACUUAAAACUGAAAGUUAAACUGCACAAGGCGUGGAAAUGCCUAAAAACAAAUGAAGCUUACCUUGCUUUUUCUCAACGUCGGUCAGAGUUAAAGAGUCGUAUUGAAUUUGCAUACACUAAUCAUAUAAGAACAAUUGAAAAGGACGUAAAAAUUAAUCCGAAGAAGUUUUGGUUGCAUAUCUCAAGCUUACGUUCUAAGGGGGGUUUCGAACCACAGGUUUCGUAUGGCGAUUCGAUUUACUCGGGACGAGAGGCGGCGGAUGCAUUUGCUUCUUUCUUCGGAAAUGUAUUCUCAUCAGAUACACCUCUUUUGGAUUUUAAGAAUUGUUAUAACAGCAGUGGUACGUGCUUCAAUGAUACAAUUGAUAUUGUCGAAUUCACCUUUAACGAUGUUAUAUCCGGAGACGCAACCGUUGCAUAUGACCAUUUAAUUCCUCUUCCUCCCCCUCGCCCGGUCACGCUGCAGCAGAAAUAUACAGAAACGCAAAUAGAGAUUGAAACACACCAAGAGCAGAACAGUCCUGUAUAG